CGAAAGAGUCUGGAUAGAGGCGCACGACGAGAGCUGGGUGGAGCGUACCAAGAGCAGGUGUUUCCUCCAUGUAGACCACAGGGCGUUUUCGUUAUCUUCAUCUCCGACACCGUCACCGCCGUCCUGACUAUCCUCAUGUAUGACUCUCUAUUUUCAGACUUUCUUUCUUAUUGCCAGAAGAGGUCAGUGUUUUGUGAUGAAAAGCUAUUUUCGAUCAGAAACACCCCUAUUUUGUUGAUCAUCAUUCCCUCUGACCUGUCUAUAUAUGACAGCUUGAAAGCCAGAGAAUACAUAUUUGUAUUAAAUCAUUCUCAUAUUCAGAUUUUUUUUUUUCUGGGAUUAAAGAAAUGUCAGUCACAUUUUCAUCAACACGACCGAGAGGAAAAGGAGAAGUGACCCAGCAGACCAUACAGAAGAUGCUGGAUGAAAAUCACUAUUUGAUCCAGUGUAUUAUGGACUAUCAGAGCAAAGGGAAGACUGCAGAGUGCACACAGUAUCAGCAGAUUUUACACAGAAACCUGGUUUACUUGGCCACAAUUGCAGACUCCAACCAAAACAUGCAGUCGCUUUUACCUGCGCCACCGAACCCCGGGAUGAGUAUGGGUGGAAGUGGGAUGGGAGGGAGCAGUGCAGGAGGAUCGCUACACUCUCAGAGUAAUCUAAAUGACAGUGUGACUCCUUCCUCACUAAUGCAGAGUCAGAUAAGUAACGGCUCGAGUCACACCCCCAUACAGCAGCAGCAGCAACAACAACAUUCUGGCCCUUCCACGUUGUCCAUGAGCUGCGGGUCGAGCUUCGCUCACUCAAUGCCCCUGUCCUCAUCGUCACAGGGCACGGCACUGUACCCGCCCUCCCGCACCAACAUCAACUUACAGAACAGCCAAGUCUCUAUGAUGCAUCAGCAAGGUUCAGGACCCCAUUACUCCUCAUCUGGAGGUCAGCACUAUCAGGGGCAGCAGACCAUGGGCAUGAUGGGACAAAGCAAUCAGGGCAACAGUAUGGUCUCACAAAGGCCUGUCGGAAGCUAUCGUCCUGCUCAGCAAGGAUCGCAGUACAUGGGUCAGGAGGAGUUCUACGGAGAGCAGUAUGGACACACUCCGAGCUCCAGCGAGCCUGUAAACCAGCAGUAUUACCCAGACGGCCACGGUGAAUACUCAUAUCAGCAGUCCACGUAUGGAGAGCAGAGUUAUGAGAGAUCUUUCGAAGAUUCAACACAACACUAUUAUGAAGGCGGAAACCCUCAGUAUAGCCAACAGCAGUCACAAUAUCAACAGAGCUCCGGUCAGCAGCAGACAUUCAACCAACAGCAGUACCAAUCACAGCCAGGAUACAGCAGCCAAGGGCAGGGUUAUGGUCCAGGACAGGGCACUCCGUCUCAGUACUCUCAGUAUCAGCAGGGGCAGAGUCAGCAGUAUUCCUCAUUUCGAUCCACACAAUCAACUCCUGGCUCUCAAACACAGAGAUCUUACACUUACGAACAGGGUCAGUAUGGAAACUAUCAGCAGUAACACUCGACUAAGUUGACCAUUGGACAAACCAAUCAAAGGAACGGGAUCGUGUAUACUGUGUUCUUGAGCUGACCGUAGUGUCGCGCUGACCAAUGAAAGGAAAAACAAUUUGGUAAAAUUUAGCUUCCAUCUUUAUAUGCGGACUGAGAUUGAAAAGUACUCUCAUUGUCUGUCUGUUUAACAGUUUAAUAUCCUGGCGACUUUCUUUCACCUACCUCCUCUUCAUUUUCUCACAGGGAUUUAAAGCUUAUAUCUCUGUACAGAGAUAAGGUAUCUAUAUAUCAGACAAAACAAACCAGACUUAACAUUACAAAUUCUACAAAACAGGUUCAACGUCUGUUUAUAUUAAGAGUGUAUAAUAAUUGUGUGUUAACAUUCCUAGUGUCCAUCAGAUGGAGUUAUGUGUUAUGUGUUAAAGGUGCAGGAGUUUUGCUAGUUUUGUGUACGAUUAGCAACACCUCAGUAUUGUAUUUUUUUGGUUUUUUUACCAAUUUUUCUGUAAUUCUUUCUAUUUUUAUAGCUGUUUUUACGGUUUUAAAAAAGGUAGUUUAUGAAGGUGCCCCAAACCCAACAUUCUACCAAAUAUUUCCUCCUUCUCUAUCAAACAUGCAACAUUCACAAUUGCACGCCAUCGGCCACCAAACAACAGGAUUCACCACCGACAUCUACCGGGCAAACGCAUUAAACAAAAUUCUCUAUUUACCAUCAUUAAAUGCCAGAAUUCACUAUUCAGCAAUCAUUAAACGAUCAUUUCUUUAUCUAAACUUCAACUAAAAUCUAGUGUACAGCAUCUAUAAUUACACAAAAACAUCCAAUAAACGCCAGUAUUCGCUACUUACCAACCGAAAUCUACCACCAAACAUGCUCUAAACAUCAAUAUUCUUCAUCAAACAUUAUUAAAUACUUAUAUUUACCACAUCAAAUGCCAACAUUCAGUAAAAUUCUCCAUCAGAAAUCAAUAUUUUUUCUCUAACAGCAUCAAAAGCAACACAUUUGAUGCCAUGCUUCAUUAAACACUGGUAUUCACCAUCCAACAAUCACUAAACACCAACAUUUAAAAAAUCUAUUUUACUCAACUAACAGAAUCGAAAACCAACAUUCUUGAACUUAAAUCUAGUGUGCAGCAUUUACAAUCACACAAGAAGUUCCAGUAAAGACCAGUAUUCUCCACUUACCACCAAGAUUUCCAUCCAACAUUCACGGACCAUCAAUAUUUUUAAUCAGAAAUCAAUAUUUCUCCUCUAACAGCAUCAUUUCAUACCAUUGUUCUUCAUUAAACACCGGUAUUGAGCAACCAACAAUCACUAAACACCAACAUUUUUAGUCAGAAAAUCAAUUUUACUCACCUAAAAGAAUCAAACACCAACAUUCUUGAUCUUAAACCUAGUGUACAACAUUUACAAUCACACAAGAACUUCCAGUAAAAACCAGUAUUCUCUACUUACCACCAAGAUUUACCAUCCGCCAUUCACUGAACAUCAAUAUCCUCGAUCAGACAUUAUUUAAUCCUGAUAUUCAACACUUCAAACACCAUCAUUCACUAAAAUUCUCUAUCGGGAAAUCAAUAUUUCUCCUCUAACAGCAUCAAAAUCAAGACAUUUCACGCCAACGUUCUUCAUUAAACAUUGACAUUCAGCAUUUCAACAUAUUAAACACUUACAUUCUCCAUCAAACACCUUUAAAUUCCAAUAUUCACCAUACAACACUCACUAAACACCAACAUUUACACAUCAAAUUUCACCCAACAGCAUAAAACGUCAACAUUCACCAACGUUCUUCAUCUCAAAUCAAGUGUGCAACAACCACAAUCACUCAAGAAGUUCCAGUAAAGACCAGUAUUCUCCACUUACCACCAAGAUCCUCAUAAUCAACACUUCAAACACCAUUAUUCACUAAAAUUCUCCAUCGGAAAUCAAUAUUUCUCCUCUAACAGCAUCAAAAUCAACAUCCUUCUUCUUUAAACACCGGUAUUCAGCAACCAACAAUCACUGAACACCACCAUUUUCUGUCUAAAAAUCUAUUUUACUUAACUAACUGAAUCAAACACCAACAUACUUGAACUUAAAUCUAGUGUGCAACAUUUACAAUCACACAAGAACUUCCAGUAAAGACCAGUAUUCUCCACUUACCACCAAGAUUUACCAAUCAACAUCUACUGAACAUCAAUAUCCUCGAUCAGACAUUAUUUAAUCCUGAUAUUCAACACUUCAAACACCAUCAUUUACUAAAAUUCUCCAUCAGAAAUCAAUAUUUCUCCUCUAACAGCUUUAAAAUCAAGACAUUUCAUAUUAUCGUUCUCCAUAAACACCAUUUUCUAUCAAAAAAUCGAUUUUACUUAACUAACUAAAUCAAACACCAACGUUCUUGAUCUCAAAUCUAAUGUGCAACAUUUACAAUCACACAAGAACUUCCAGUAAAGACCAGUAUUCUCCACUUACCACCAAGAUCCUCAUAUUCAACACUUCAAACACCAUCAUUCACUAAAAUUCUCCAUCGGAAAUCAAUAUUUCUCCUCUAACAGCAUCAAAAUCAACAUUUCAUGCAAUCCUUCUUCUUUAAACACCGGUAUUCAGCAACCAACAAUCACUAAACACCACCAUUUUCUGUCUAAAAUCUAUUUUACUUAACUAACAGAAUCAAACACCAACAUAGUUGAACUUAAAUCUAGUGUGCAACAUUUACAAUCACACAAGAACUUCCAGUAAAGACCAGUAUUCUCCACUUACCACCAAGAUUUACCAAUCAGCAUCUACUGAA